AUGGCUUUGUCAAUCUCUCAGGCAUUCUUUGAACAUCAUCGCUCUGCCCUUGGUAUAGGAGAGUCGACUCCCCGAAUAUCCUGGAAAUUCCAAGGAAACGUGUCGGAUUGGGAGCAAACCGCCUACAACCUCGAGAUCAAACGAGUGGGACAAGUCCCGGAUAUCUUACGCGUCAAUUCCUCCGACUCGGUGCUUGUCCCAUGGCCCAGCCCCCCCCUGACAUCUGGUGAGGAGGCAACGGUCCGCGUGCAAUCAAUCGGGCACCAGGGCCAGUCCACUACGCCCUGGUCCGACCCUGUCACAGUUGAACCAGGCCUUCUAAGUCCGGAGGAUUGGCACGGUGCGGCGGCCAUCGUGUCUGACCGGCCGACGGAGGUCAACCAGACGCAUCGACCCAUUUACUUCCGCAAGGACUUCAUGCUAGACGAGCCCCACGCUUCCGCGCGACUUUAUGUCAUAGCGCUGGGGCUGUAUGAAGCGCACAUAAAUGGGCGUCGUGUCGGAGAUCAUGUCCUGGCUCCCGGGUGGCAGUCCUUUACCUAUCGUCAUGAGUACAAUACCUACGACGUGACAGAGUUGUUGCGGUCAGGUGCGAACACAAUCGGCGUCACAGUGGGAGAGGGUUGGUAUUCUGGUCGCCUGGGCUUUGAUGGGGGACAGCGUAAUAUUUAUGGGGACACCCUUGGCUUGCUAAGCUUGCUCGUCAUCACACAGCCAGACGGUAGUAAGACAUACAUUCCCACCGAUCAUACCUGGCAAUCAGGAACAGGUCCGAUCAUCACCUCCGAAAUCUAUGAUGGCGAGAGAUACGACUCACGACUGGAGCAGAAGGGCUGGGCAGAACCAGGAUUCAAUAGCACUGACUGGCUUGGUGUCCAUGAAGUAUCAUUUCCAAAGGAGAGACUAGCUGCCCCAGAUGCUCCCCCGGUUCGACGGGUCGAAGAGCACAAGCUUAAAGACGUUUUCCUUAGCGCUUCAGGCAAGACAGUCCUGGAUUUUGGUCAGAACCUGGUAGGGUGGCUGUGGAUCCGCGUGAAAGGUCCGAGGGGUCAAACGAUCAAAUUUCUCCAUACUGAGGUUAUGGAGAACGGCGAGGUCGCAACACGCCCCCUCAGAGAAGCCAAGGCAACCGAUCACUUCACCCUCACUGGCGACGGCGUACAGGAAUGGGAACCCUCCUUCACGUUUCAUGGGUUCCGCUACGUGCAAGACUCAAUCACGGCCGUUGUGGUGCACACGGACAUGGAACAAACAGGGUUUUUCGAGUGCUCGAAUCCGCUCAUUACUAAACUCCACGAGAACAUCCUCUGGAGCAUGCGGGGGAACUUCCUGAGCAUCCCAACCGACUGUCCGCAGCGUGACGAACGGCUAGGCUGGACAGGCGACAUCAACGCCUUCUCCCGUACGGCCAACUUCCUCUACGACACCGCCGGGUUCCUACGAAGCUGGCUCAAGGACGCCUACUCUGAGCAGCAGAACAACUCCUACGCACCCCCCUACGUGAUCCCCAACAUCCUUGGCCAAGCUCCUCCCACCUCAAUCUGGGGCGACAGCAUCAUCGCCGUCCCCUGGCAACUAUACCAAACCUACGGCGACAAAGACUGGAUCGACAAAGGUGUCUCCCGCAACGAAGUUGGCCUCUGGAACCGCUCCACCUCCCAAUUCGGUGACUGGCUCGACCCCCAGGCACCUGCCGACUCCCCUGGUGAUGCCACAACGAACAAAUACCUCGUUUCCGACGCCUACCUCAUCCAUAGCACCGAGCUCCUAGCCAACAUCUCCUCUAUCCUUUCCUUAGACUCCCAAGCCACCAACUAUACACACUCCCACAAAAACCUCACCAACGCAUUCCAACAAGCAUGGCUUUCCCCCAACGGCACCGUCGCCAACGAAACCCAAACUGGUCUCGCCCUCCCUCUCUACUUCUCCCUCUUUCCCACCCUCUCUCAAUCCUUCUCCACCGCCAUCCGUCUAGUCAACACCAUCAAAGCCAACGUCUACAAAGUCGGAACCGGCUUCGCCGGCACCCUUACUAAAUACGGCGCCUCCUCCACCUUCUACCAGAUGCUUCUCCAGACCGACGUCCCCUCCUGGCUCUACCAAGUCCGCAUGAACGGCACCACCACCUGGGAACGCUGGGACAGCAUGCUCCCCAAUGGAACCAUCAACCCGGGCUCCAUGACCUCCUUCAACCACUACUCCGUCGGUUCCGUGGGCAGUUGGAUCCACGCCGUCAUCGGUGGCCUGACUCCUGCCGAACCAGGGUGGCGGGAGUUCAACGUGGACGUGAUUCCCGGCGGAGAGUUACGAAAUGCGUCGACCCGUUUCUUGAGUCCGUAUGGCGAGAUCUCAACCAAAUGGUGGUUGGAGGACUAUGAGCCCGGCAAUUCCCUGUUUCGCCUCGUCGUCCAGGUUCCGCCCAAUUCGUAUGCUACAGUUCGGUUGCCUGGUGGGAUUGGGGAGGGGAGGAGGGUUGGAUCGGGGGUUUAUGAGUUUGAAGUGCCGUGUUUGACGGUGAAUUAA